GAGCCCAGGAGCAGCUCCCUCUCCCAGUGUUCCUCACUCAGCACAAGUGACGGCCUGAGCAUCAUGCAGCUGGUGGCCAGCCUGGUGUCCGUGCUGCUGCUGGUGUGGAGCGCGAGAGCCAUGGCGCUGCCCGGGGAGGAGGGACUGCAGAGCACCAGGGAGCAGAGUACAGUGCGCAAGGACGUCGUCCUGAAGAUGCUGGCAGGCCUGCUGGGCAGCGUGGAUGCCGGGGCCGAGGCGGCCAUCCCGGCCGUGCAGGAGAAGGCCAAGCUGGAGGAGGAGCAGGCGGCGCUCGCCCAGCUCUCACAGCGGGACCGCAAGGCGCCCUGCAAGAACUUCUUCUGGAAAACCUUCACCUCCUGCUAGUGCCAGCCAGCCUGGCCCUGCCAGCCCGCAAACACCUUCCCCAGAGCUCAUCUUCCUGCCCACCCAGCUCCUUGUCUGUGCCCUGCACCCCUCAGAAUAAAGCAUAGCGCCUCGGGGA